AUGCUAGAAGCCAAUCUCCCUAUUGGCACCAAGUGCCCUGUCCCUGUGCCUUCAAGCAUCCAUGAGCCGGCAGUAGCACCAUUCCCACCUCCAAUACAGUCGGUCACCGACCUAUCGCAGCGUUUUUACCGAACAGUCGACAGUGUGGAACAGCCUCGCUCGCCGGCUCCAGACUCGCCCGGGCAGCCAACGCCCACCAACCCGCUCCAGGAGACCCGACUCGGCGCCCUCGACACGCUCACCCUAUGUCGUAACGUCAUCACCACCCUGGAGCUGACCCGCCUGCGCAAGUCCCGCAUCGGCCUCUACAACUGGAUCGGGUUCUGGGAACGGCUUUACGAGCGGCCGUUUGCCAACAGCCUAGCGUCACGCGUGAGCACGGCGCUCUCCAAAAUCGACAUGCUGUUCCGCGUCGUCUCACACGAUCUGCACCAGCUCACGCAGCGCACCGAAGACGCCAUAAUAUCCGCGACCUCCGAGCGCGAGAUCCUGCACCUGCUUGAGCGUAUGGAAGUCGACGUGGGGAGCCGGCGUCUGCGCCGCCGGCGCAAGGCGCAAGCCAUCCUGAACAAGAUGCGCACCGAGCUGGAGAUGAUCCCCGUGAAGGUGGGCGACGAUCUGUUCGACGAUAUGAAGCGCAGCGUGUUUGGGCUGGAUGUCGUCUGCGACUACCACCCAGGUGAUUCGGUCGCCGAGGCCCACGAAACUAACUGGCCGGAUCAUUUCAUCGGGCAUCCUGUCGGCUACACCCAGGAGUCGGCGGCUUCCGGCGCGUUCAUGCCGUUGUCGUCUUAUACCGCUAAUGAGCUUGUUGGAUAA